AUUACUUCUGCUCGGAAACGGAAGUUAUCUGUUCCUUUUAUUUUUUCGUUUCCGAUCUUCUCUCUCCUUCGUUGAUCAAAUCCAGACCGUUGAAAGAAAAUGCCAGGAGACAGGAAGAUAGGCGUAGCCGUUGAUUUCUCGAAGAGUAGCAAGCUUGCUCUCAAAUGGGCCAUCGACAACCUGCUCGACAAGGGCGAUACGCUGAUCGUCUUUCAUGUCAAGCCCGGGAAGGCUGAUGAGAACAAAAACCAGCUCUGGCUGAAAACCGGAUCACCUCUGAUUCCGUUGACGGAGUACCGAGAGCCGGAGGUGUUGAAGCAGUACGAUAUUGAAAUAGAUGUGGAGGUUUUGGAUCUGUUGGAUACUGUUUCUAGACAGAAAGAGGUGACGAUCCUAACAAAGGUGUAUUGGGGAGAUCCGAGAGAGAAGCUAUGCGAAGCUGUUGAAGAUACGAAGUUGGAUUCUCUGGUGAUGGGAAGCAGAGGGCUUGGGCAGAUUAAAAGGAUUUUGUUGGGGAGUGUCACAAACUAUGUUCUGACGAAUGCAUUGUGCGCUGUGACCAUCAUCAAGGAUCCAGACCACAAGCACUAGGACAAUAAUCGGGUACCCUCUUCACCCUUUUAAGUUCUAAAAGGAAACGGGAUUAAUAAAUGAUUUGCCGUCGUUGAUGAUUGGUUUCUCUUGAUUUCUAGUCGUAGCUCUUAUCUAUUGCAAGCAUGGUGUGGGGUAAUGUACAUAUUAUGGAUCUCCGAGCCCAGUAGUUAUAAUAAGACAUAAUCUAUAAUAGUGGUUGGUUGUGUUA